AUGCCAUGGUAUAUCCCCGCUGUUGGCUUGGGAAUCUUUGGCUUUGGAAGCACAGCCCUGGGCAAUGUUUGCGUUGUAUAUCUCUUGGACUCGUACAGAGAUGUAAUUGGUGAUGCAAGCAUCGGUGUCGUGUUUGUCCGCAACGCCUUUGGCACUCUCACUGCCAUGUGUUUGAGUCCCUGGAUUGAGAAGAUGGGCCUGUAUAACAUGUGUACCCUCUCUGGCUGUCUCUGCAUUGCCGUUAGCUUGCUCACGGUGCCGAUGAUGAUCUGGGGCCGACGAUGCAGAGAGUGGACUGCGGCACGAUACCUUGCCAUGGCAUAA